UUACAAGGAAGAAGACGACGACGACCUUUCUCAUUCUGAUAAUCAAGCAGAAAUGAUCAUUCUCUCUCUUAUUCUCCUCUCUCUCUUCACCAAUAUCUCCAUUGGAGCCGACACUCUAUCUCCAAACCAAUCUCUCUGGGAUAACGGACUUACACUUGUCUCCCAACACCACAAAUUCGAACUGGGUUUCUUCAGCCCGUCGUCUUCCGCCAGCCGAUACCUCGGAAUCUGGUUCAAAAACAUCAACCGUCUCACACCCAUCUGGGUCGCCAAUGGAAACAACCCAAUUCCAGAUUCCUCCGGUAUCCUCUCCUUUACCCCUGCAGGAAACUUAGUUAUAUUCAACAAUCAAACCAAAAGCGCCGUUUGGUCUUCCAAUUCAUCCGCUUCCAAUUCCGUCUUACAGCUUCUAGAUUCCGGCAAUCUUGUCUUAAAACACAUCGAUUCCGGCGAUUACCUUUGGCAAAGCUUUGAUUAUCCCGGCGACACGUUGAUUCCUGGAAUGAAACUCGGAUGGGAUUUGGUUAAAAAUAAGGAAUGGUAUAUAACGUCAUGGAAGAGUUUAGAUGAUCCGUCUACUGGUGAAUUUAGUUAUAGGCUAGACCAUCGUGGACUUCCUCAGAUUGUUCUUCAUCGUGGGUUAGAUAUUCAGUACCGGAGUGGUCCAUGGGAUGGUGUCCGGUUUGGAAAUGGUCCUCCUUUGAAACCCAAUACAAUUUUCAAUCCGAUUUUCGUUUUCAAUUCGAGUUAUGUUUAUUACACUUUCGAGAAUAGUGAUAGCACAAUUGUUUCAAGAUUCGUUGUUAAUCAAACAGGGCUAAUCCAACAUGUUUCAUGGAGUGAAAAGAGAGAAGAAUGGGUAGAUAUCGUGACUAUUCAAGGAGAUACAUGCGAUUCAUAUGAAAUGUGUGGACCAAACGGAGUUUGCAGCUUCAACGACGCCGCAGAUUGUCGUUGUUUAGGUGGGUUCAAACCGAAAUCGCCACAGGAUUGGAAUAAACGGGAUUGGACAGAUGGAUGUUCGGCGAAAUUGUCUUUGAGAUGCGAUUUGGGCGGCGGCGGAGGUGAGGACGAUGGGUUUAUGAAGUUUUCAGGUAUGAAGUUGCCGGAUAAUUCGACGUUUUUAAGAAACGGAACAGGGAUGAAUCGCGAGGAAUGUGAGAUGGCUUGUUUGAAGGAUUGUAAUUGCGUUGCGUUUGCGGUGACGUUGGUUAGCGGUUGCGUUGUUUGGUUUGGAGUUUUGCUUGACGUUAGACAGUAUAAUGGUGAAGGUGGUCAAGAUUUAUAUGUCAGAGUUGUUAAAUCUGAACUAGGUUUUAACAGUAAAAAGAAGAUCAUUGUUGGGAUAACAUCAGGAGCAGUUAUCUCAGUUUUACUGGUGGCGGUUUUGAUUGGUUGGUUUGUAGUGAGGAAGGGCCGCCGUCGUCGGAUUAAAGGAGCAUGGUCACUUGAUAGAUCAACCUACGGAAACGAAAGUAAUCCUCACGAUGACGAUGUGGAGGAGUUGGAGCUGCCUUUAUUUGAAUUGGCUAGCGUUACAAUCGCCACUAACAACUUCUCAUACACUAACAAGAUUGGAGAAGGCGGUUUUGGUCCCGUUUACAAGGGCAAGCUUCCUAAUGGGCAAGAAAUAGCGGUAAAAAGACUGUCGGCAACUUCUGGACAAGGGCUCAAGGAGUUCAAAAACGAGGUCAUAUUGAUAUCGAAGCUACAACAUCGGAACCUUGUAAGGCUUUUAGGAUGCUGCAUUCAUAGAGAAGAAAGGAUGUUGGUAUAUGAAUACAUGCCAAACGGAAGCUUGGACUCGUUUAUCUUCAGUCAAACUAAGGGUAAAUCACUGCAAUGGCGAAAGCGUUUUGACAUAAUAGUUGGAGUCGCUAGGGGACUUUUGUAUCUUCAUAGAGAUUCGAGGUUGAGAAUAAUUCAUAGGGAUUUGAAGGCUAGCAACAUACUUCUCGACAUUGAUAUGAACCCUAGAAUCUCUGAUUUUGGGAUGGCAAGAGAGUUUGGAGGAGAUCAAUCUGAAGAAAACACUAAGACUAUCAUUGGAACUUACGGCUACAUGUCUCCUGAAUAUGCAAUUGAGGGUUCGUUUUCAAUCAAAUCAGAUGUUUUCAGCUUUGGGGUGCUAGUUUUGGAGAUAGUGAGUGGGAAGAGAAAUCGAGGAUUUUUCCAUGCAGAUCAUGACCUCAACCUUUUGGGACAUGCAUGGAAACUGUGGAAUGAAGAGGAUGCAAUGAAACUAGUGGCUGAUUCGAUUCAAAGUAGUCCGGUUUCAGAAUCAGAGGUGUUAAGGUGCAUCCAAGUAGCUCUCUUGUGCGUGCAGCACCGAGCUGAGGACAGGCCGACAAUGGCUUCAGUUUUGUCAAUGUUCGAAAGUGAGAACCUAGCCCCGACUCAACCUAAACAACCUGGUUUUUAUGGAGAGACGUUUACAGCCAAUACCGAUUCUUCAUCCACAGGAAAGAAUCCUUGUAUUGUUGAUAACAAUGAAAUGACCAUAACAACUCUCCAUGGUAGAUAAUAGUUAGAUUACAUGUUCAAAGUCAUGUGCGAUAAUACUUUGUUUAUUGUAAAAAAACGAGUUAUAAUUCUUGAUAACCGAAUUAUAUAGAGGAAUUACGACUUGAAAUAUUUGAACACUAAAGAAUAUGUAUGUAAAUUUCAUGUAAAAACAUUUAUA